ACACCACCUGGCGAUAACUCACGUACACCAUUUUCUCCCCCUCUUCCUUCUCUUCUCCGCAACCCAAGCCACGGCAACGACUUUGCAGAGAAAUAACAAACAAAAUCCCUAAAAAGAAGACUACUAAUAAUGGCUAUUCAUAGAGCUGGAUCACUCCAUUCAGUCAUAUUUACAAUUAUAACUUUAUUAAGCUGCACAUCGGAAUCACUUCGGUUUGAGUUACAAUCAGGUCAAACUAAAUGUAUAGCAGAAGACAUCAAAAGCAAUGCUAUGACUGUCGGCAAGUACUCCGUCAUCAACCCUAAUGAAGGCCAGCCCUUGCCCGCUACUCACGCCGUCACUGUUAGAGCGACGUCGAGCUAUGGGAAUAGUUAUCAUUAUGCGGAGCUUGUGGGAUCUGGGCAGUUUGCAUUUACUGCGGCGGAGGCGGGAGAUUACAUGACUUGUUUUUGGGCGCCGGAUCAUAAGCCUGUGGCUACUUUGACUGUUGAAUUUGACUGGAAAACUGGUGUUGCUGCUAAAGAUUGGACUAAUGUUGCCAAGAAAGGCUCUAUUGAUGUAAUGGAAUUGGAGCUGAAGAAGCUGCAUGAUACUGUUAUUUCGAUUCAGGAGGAGAUGUUAUAUCUCCGUGAAAGAGAAGAAGAAAUGCAAGAGUUGAACCGAGCUACUAACUCGAGAAUGGGAUGGCUUAGUUUUCUCUCUCUCCUAGUUUGUUUAUCAGUAGCAGGCAUGCAAGUUUGGCACUUGAAGACCUUUUUCGAGAAAAAGAAGCUCAUCUAAAUUCUAAUUUUGAAACUGCCUAAUACAAAACAAUCUUUUGCCCUCUCUUGUAAAAUGAUGUGAAAGAAUAAAUUUUAAGUAAUUUGGGAUUUAUAUUUUUUAUUCUCUUCA